UCCCGGGCCCGGGCCCAGCCAGGACACUGCCCAGGGCGCACAGAGGCCUGUCCGGCUCAGGGACUCUCUCGCCUUGUGGAAGGAGACCCAGCAGGCACCAUGCCCCAGAACGUGGUCCUCCCGGGCCCUGCGCCCUGGGGCUUCCGACUCUCAGGGGGCAUCGACUUCAACCAGCCCCUGAUCAUCACCAGGAUUACUCCAGGGAGCAAGGCAGCAGCUGCCAACCUGUGUCCUGGAGAUGUCAUCCUGGCUAUCGACGGCUUCGGUACAGAGUCCAUGACUCACGCUGAUGCACAGGACAGGAUUAAAGCGGCAGCGCACCAGCUGUGUCUCAAAAUUGACAGGGCGGAAACUCGCUUAUGGUCUCCACAGGUAUCUGAAGAUGGAAAGGCUCAUCCUUUCAAAAUCAACUUGGAAUCAGAACCACAGGAUGUGAACUACUUUGAACACAAGCACAAUAUUCGGCCCAAACCUUUCAUAAUCCCAGGCCGAAGCAGUGGAUGCAGCACUCCGUCUGGUAUUGACGGUAGCAGCGGACGUAGCACCCCCUCUUCCAUCAGCACUGUUAGUACCAUUUGCCCAGGUGACUUGAAAGUUGCUGCUAAGAUGGCCCCUAACAUUCCUUUGGAAAUGGAACUGCCCGGUGUGAAGAUUGUACAUGCUCAGUUUAACACUCCUAUGCAGUUGUACUCAGAUGACAAUAUUAUGGAAACACUGCAGGGUCAGGUUUCCACAGCGCUAGGGGAAGCACCCUCGAUGAGUGAGCCCACAGCCUCGGUGCCCCCCCAGUCGGACGUGUACCGGAUGCUCCACAACAAUCAGGAUGAGCCUGCCCGGCCCCGCCAGUCGGGCUCCUUCCGGGUGCUCCAGGAGUUAGUGAAUGACGAUGACCGUCCCUCCGGCACGCGGAGUGUGAGAGCUCCGGUUACGAAAGUCCACGGCGGCGGGGGCAGCGCGCAGAGGAUGCCGCUCUGCGACAAGUGCGGGAGCGGCAUUGUCGGGGCUGUGGUGAAGGCGCGGGACAAGUACCGGCACCCCGAGUGCUUCGUGUGUGCCGACUGCAGCCUCAACCUCAAGCAGAAGGGCUACUUCUUCGUGGAGGGCGAGCUGUACUGCGAAACCCACGCCCGAGCCCGCACGAGGCCCCCAGAGGGCUACGACACGGUCACGCUGUAUCCCAAGGCCUAAGCCCCCGGCGGAGCAGCGCACACGCAGUUACCCGGGACGACGGGCAUGACUUUGGGCAGAUGUGGAGCAAACUGCUGGGCCCAAAACUAAAAUCCCGGCUUCGGCUUCAGAUGCUUAUGUUACAGCGUGCGGAGGAGGGGAGGGAGGCCCGCGCCGGCUGCAGCGCAGACCUGCCCGCCGCUGUGUUUGCAGCUCUCUCUCUCUCUCUCUCUCUCUCUCUCUCUCUCUCUCUCUCUCUCUCUCUCUCUCUCUCGUUAGCAAUAACUUCAGAACAUGUACACCGAGCAUUUUUUUUUGUAUGUCAAACUCCACAAUUUCAAGCUGUUGGGGGGAGUCUAAUUGUCUUGCCUUACCAAGCUGGCUUUGCAGCUGUAGUGAGUACCCAGGGAUAAUCUGUAUUCUAACACAGCCCGCAGUUGUCUGUUGUCUGCUUCAACCAUGAAAGUGCAUGACGGGGAGAGAGUCCCUGGGUCUCUCUAGUGUCCUAUGCGGCCAUCACACCACGGGACGCGCGUACAUAAGAACCACGUGAAACAUCGGACAUGUGCCCAGUGAGGUGGCGCUCCAUGAAUGCAGCGGAAUCAGCAUUCCCGUGAGAGGGCCCCAUCCUACGUGCAACUCGGCUGCUU